AAAAUUAUAACCUCUAAACUGUACACGUAUACCUACCUUCCUACUAUAUCCAAAUUUAAUUUAAUAUGGCUUCAUCUGAUAGUGAUUCUUCAGUUAUUUGUGAUAUAAAGUUAAAAACUCUAAUUAAAAAACGAGGAGUAGUGAAGGGAAAAUUAACUUUGUUCAAAAAGUAUUUAUCGAAACUCACAUCUGCAUCGCUAACUGCUGAUCAGUUAAUCGAUUUAGAGCUACGUACAACUAGAAUAAUAAAUGUUUUCAAGGAAUUCGAAAUUAUUCAAGAUAAAAUUGAGACUCUGAGCGAGGAGCUCAAGGAUCAUUUGGAGGAGAGAGAGACGUUUGAGAACACUUAUUUUGAAUGUGUGUCCUUAAGCAAGGGUUAUUUAGCGCAGGUGGCUAGUCCAGGCGCCUCCACAUCACCUGAGGGUCAAGUUCGCGACGUUACCGAGCCACGUGAGCAUGAUUCCAUUAAAUAUCCUGAUAUUAAAUUGCCGACAUAUAAUGGUCAGGUUACAGACUGGAUUGAAUUUCGAGACACAUUUGACGCACUUGUCAAUCAAACCAGUCUAAAACCAAUCCAAAAAUUUAAAUACCUUAAGGGUUGUUUAACUGAUAGCGCGCUGGAAGUAGUCAGUUCAUUGGAGUUCGCCGAGGAAAGCCACGCCCUAGCAUGGCAACUACUUUGCGAAAGGUAUAAUAAUCCCAAGACCCUUGUGUAUAGUCAUUUGAGAGCUCUGUUUAAUAUCGAUCCUGUUCCAAAUACAGCCACCGCCCUUAGAUCACUAAAUGAUAAUAUUUCUAAACAUUUACGCAUUCUCAGAUCAGUAAAGGUACCUACCAACGAUUGGGAUCUAUUAAUAAUAUUUUUCCUCACUUCCAAACUCGAUAGGAUAUUGCAAACCAAGUGGGAGGAAAAAAUGAAUUCCCGUGAAUUGCCUAACUUACAGGACUUCAAGUCGUUCCUGCGAAGUCAAGCUGAUCUGAGGGAGGCCGUGAGUCAAACCGAACCAGCUACCCGCGGACUCCCGGCGGCGCGAGAGGCUAUGGUAACUACGUGCCCUCCGUCCCAUACCAACAGUAAGGUAAUACCUAAACAUACCUACCGUAGACAAUGUCCGAACUGCAAAGAAACUCAUUACAUAAACCAAUGUCCAAAGUUGUUGGCUCUGAAUGCAGCGUCACGCAUACGCAUAGUAAAAAGGCUAGGUCUCUGUCUGAAUUGCCUAGCAUCUAACCAUAUUGUACCUAACUGCCGCGCGAGCAACUGCAGAAUAUGCCAAGGUAAGCACCAUACGCUUUUACACAUUACCCAUACCGACUCCAAUGAGUCGAACCAACGACAGUCAACGUUCCACAACUCUUCAGGGCCGACGGCAGCGGCGUCUGUACCACAGGAACCCCAUUCGAUCAACUUGAUUACUAAUAAUCAACAGUUGAACUCUAAUCAAGGUACGCGUGUGGACGGUACACCGCCAAUAACACAAAAUAAGGGUGUAAUUCUGUCCACGGCCCGCGUAAAGGUGUUCGAUAAAGAUAACAAACCUAUUGUUUUACGCGUUUUGCUCGAUAGUGGAUCGCAAUCAAACUUUUUAACCGAGAGUGCAUGCAAUAAAUUAAACCUAACUACACACCAAUUGAACAUAGAAAUUCUAGGAUUUAACCAAAACUUAACGAAGAUAAACCAAUCAUGUAACUUAACCAUUCACUCAAACGAUGACUCAUUUUCUACAAAAUUGUCUUGUCUUAUUGUACCAAAAAUAUGUAAGUUGUCUAAACACACUGUCGACGCUCGUCAGUUAAAUAUACCCAAACGAUUCCGAUUAGCUGACGAAUUAUUUUACGAAGACGGGGAAAUCGACCUAUUAAUAGGAGCUGAACAUUUUUAUCAGCUACUCUGCAUCGGACAACAUUCCUUAGGGACCGGGCUACCAAUUCUGGUCAGAACCAAAUUAGGGUACGUAGUAUCGGGCUCGUACUCAUUGAACUCCACCAACAUGCCUCAUCAGGUAGUAUGUAACUUCGUUCAAAUUGCUCAAAAUCAAGCACUUCAGACCUUUAACCAAACGUAAGAUACUAUCCCUAGCCUCAGCUAUUUUUGACCCCCUAGGGCUAUUAAAUCCAACCUUAGUAAUUGCGAAAUUAAUUAUAAAAAAAUUAUGGGACAAUAAAUUCCAAUGGGAUCAGUGUUUACCAACCGAUAUUACAAAUGAAUGGGAAAACUUUUAUCAAAGAUUGUUUACGUUGAAUUCCCUACGUAGGCCGAGACACACGCUUAUCAGUGAUUACGUAACGCUGGAAUUGCACGGAUUCUCGGAUAGCUCAUUAACGGCAUACGGGUGCGCUAUUUAUAUACGAUCAAUAAAUGUGCACGGGCAAAUAUUUACGCAAUUACUGUGCUCUAAAUCUAGGGUGGCGCGGAAAGAAACAAUACCUAAACUCGAGCUCAGAGCUAUGCUGCUACUCGCACAGCUUUAUGAGAGGGUUAACUAUGCCUUAAAAUUUAACUUUACCAAAAUUUAUUUAUGGUGUGAUUCAAAUGUAGCUUUGGCCUGGGCAAAAUCACAGCAACCAAAUAAUCUUGAUUGUUUUGUAAAAAAUCGAGUCAUCGCAAUCCAAAGUUUAACCAAUAUCGAUGAUUGGCACUGGGUUUCGUCGAAUGAUAACAGUGCCGAUCUUUUAACGAGGGGCGUUCAAGCUGACAAGUUGACCGACUGCGCCCUCUGGUGGAAAGGACCUUCGUGGUUAGGAAAACAUAAUGACGAGUGGCCUUCCGGUUGUACCACCACGCGACUACCAGAAAUUGAGAUAACCGAAAUUAAUUGUAACAUUGUUACGAAUAUUCAACCAAAUCUAUUCAUGGACGAAUUAUUCAACAGAUGGUCGGACGUAAACAAACUUACUAAUUGCGUCGCAGUAAUUUAUAGAUUCACCAAUAAUUGUUUAAAGAAAAAAAAAAAAAGGUACGGUCCACUCUCAGUGCAGGAAUUAGACUUCGCACUAAAUAAAUUAAUUGAAAUUUCACAAAUUGAAAUGUUUCCAUCCGAAUAUAAUUUACUUGAAAAUAAAAAACCAUUAUUAAAAUCAUCAAACUUAUUGUCAUUAAAUCCUUUUAUGGAAAACAAGCUGAUAGGAGUAGGCGGUCGUUUGGGGUUGUCGGCUUACGACCACGAUAAAAAGCACCCUAUUAUCCUACCACACAAACAUGUACUAACCAAACUCAUCAUGAGCGACCUUCAUGUGAGACUGCUGCAUGCCGGACCCCAGCUGUUGCUGUCGUCGGCUCGGGAACGUUUUUGGCCGAUAAAUGGUAAGACCCUAGCUAAUAAAAUUGUCGAAAAAUGUGUAACCUGCUUCAGAGCCAACCCAAGGACACAGGUUCCCAUUAUGGGUGAUCUGCCACCAACGCGGGUUACCCCCGCUCUCCCCUUUGUGUUCACGAUGUUGGAUUACGGAGGUCCUUACACGGUCAGGGACAGGAGGGGGCGUGGGUACAAAACCUAUAAAUGUUAUAUAGCCAUAUUCACUUGUAUGACUACGAAGGCGGUCCAUAUUGAAUUAAUUUCAGGAUUGCAGACAACUGCAUUUCUAUCGGCAUUUCGUAGGUAUAUUGGCAGACGAGGCAAGCCUAAAGUACUGAUAACCGAUAAUGCGACAACCUUCCAUGGUGCCAAUAAUGAAUUAGCAGAGCUUUACGAUUUUUUGAAUGCCCAUACCAAUGACCUGAAAACUUCCUGUGCGCAGGAAAGAAUUCAAUGGAAAUUCCUUCCACCCUAUGCUCCCCAUAUGGGAGGACUCCACGAGUCAGCCAUUAGACGAUGCAAAUUUCAUCUAAAGCGAGUACUAGGACAAGCAUUGUUAACCUAUGAGGAAUUUUAUACCAUUCUUGUACAAGUUGAAGGAAUUUUAAACUCUAAACCGUUAUGUCCUAUUCCGAAUUCUAAUACUGACGAAAUUACUUGCCUCACGCCAGCCCAUUUCUUGAUUGGUAGGACGGCUAACUCACUGCCUGACUACGAUUACAAGGAUGUACCUAUAAAUCGACUGACCUUGUACCAACAAUUACAGCAGCUGCAACAGAACUUCUGGACUUCUUGGUCCAGGGACUACAUUGGACUGUUACAGGAACGCACAAGAUGGCGAAGUUCCAAGGGCCCAGCUCUUCUCGAAGGAACCGUGGUGCUGGUGCGGGAGGAGCGUCUGCCGCCCUGCCAGUGGAGGCUGGGGCGCAUCGUCAGCUGUUGCCAAGGUCGAGACGGCGUCGCGCGGGUAGCCGAGAUCCAGACAGCUAGAGGAAUCAUCAAGCGAUCCUUCAAUAAUAUAUGCCCGCUACCGAUCGAAGCUAUAAACUAGAUUUAGAUUUAGAUUAGCUAGUUAUUAUAAUAUUCUAGAUAAACUAUUCCGUAACUAUACCUACCUAAUUAAGUUAAGCGUGUAUCUAUAUAUAAUGUUACAUUAGUGCCUAUUGGUAUUAAAAAUUA